GGAGCACGCGAGUCGCCACAAAGAGAAGAAGAGAAAUUGACACAUUCUGCUAAUUCUCUUACACUUGAACUUCGCCUCUGUUUCUCCGCCGGUGAACCUCUCCGCUCCGCCGCCAUCGCCGCCGUGAAGGUAACUCCUAACGCCCUUUCUGAUGAAGAAGACGGUGUAGAAAACUGGAAAUUCUCGUUUAUUUCUGUUUCACCGGCAGCAAUAAUGAGCAUUGUUCUUUUCAAAUGCUGUGACAUCAAGCAGCAAUAACUGUAAGGAAGUUUGGAGGUACUUCUAGUCUUUGGAAGGGAACAAUUGUUAGAAUUUAUUGUGUAAUUAUUGUGGGGAAUAGUCAUUCAAUUUGGAUGUAAUGGAAGUUUGUGCUGCAAGUUCCCAUUCCAAUGGGAAACAUACUUUGAAGCAUUCUAAAUCUGCAGAUGAAGUUAAAAGAUCCAAUGAAAAGGCCUAUAGAAGUUCUCAUUCCAAUGGGAAGCAAAAUUUGAAGCAGACUUCCAAUUUUGUCAAUCAUGCUGCAAUUGCUUGGCAUGAGAAUAGAAAAAGAUGGGUUGGUGAUAAGUCUCGACAUCCACCAAGAGAGGCUAAGGAUCCAAUUAUUAGCUGGUCAACAUCAUAUGAAGAGCUGCUUUCAACUAACGAGCCUUUUGCAGAGCCAAUACCCUUACCUGAGAUGGUAGAUUUCUUAGUAGAUAUUUGGUAUGAUGAAGAAGGCAUCUUUGACUAAAUUGUUGAAACUCCUAGUUAAUGGCAACUGAAACAAGGAGCUGUGUAAAGCCUUUAACCUGCAUUGACCUCCAUUUCUCUUGUAGGUGUCCACUUACAGAUCAAUAUCACAGUAGAGGGAGACUUUGAUCUCCACAUUAACCUCCUAGCAUGAAAUUUUUCUUGAUGUACUGAUAUUCUGAUAAACUUCACGAUUAGUGGGUUAUUAUUUUCCACCAUUUAUUUAGUGGUGGCAAAUUUGAUUAUUUGAAAAGAUAAAAAUAUAUGUAUCUAAUCUAUUUGUAUCUGCUGAUCCAUCAGCAAACAUUCAAGAUCUCAUUCAUGGGUGAAAUAGUGGAUUCUUCUUGAACA